AUGCCAGUCUGGAGCAACGCUUGGACGCGCUGUCUGUUUACCCGCUUCUGGGGGCAAUUGGAGGCAUGGACCGGGUCGGCACCGGCACGAAGCUGGGAGGCAGCACGAGGAAAUGAGCAAGAGGUGCAUGUAACCUCUUCGGGUGCAGGCACACAACAAGCUACAAUGCCUCGCAAGCAGCGCCCACCUAGGAGGAAGGCCAUCCCGGGAACUCACCCACCGCAAAGCAACACCCAAGAAAUGCGACCCACCGACAUACCCCAGUGUCCACACCAGAGAUGUACCCGGCAGGUGGUGACGUCUCCACAGCAGGCACCAGGUACUCCACCAUGUCAACGGCCUCAGUGUUUCACAGAUGGCAUCCCAAUCACGCGGCGGAUCAGGCCAUCUUGGAAACACUGCUCUCGCAGACCAAAGCGGAUCAGCCAUCGCAACAGUGCUUGUGGAACACUGCUUUGGGGAGUGACUCUCAUAAUGAGCCCAACAAUACCAAGACAUCACCACCGGAAGCAGCGUGGAGAACUGCUGGUCUCAGUUUGCUUUGUGGGAUAUUGCUUUCCCACUAAUGGGGGUGGGCUGACUGAUAUGUUUUAUGGCGCUAGGCUGCAGACUCGGGAGAAAUAACUAUCCCUAGACAGGCUAGGUCCCUCUUUACUGCUACGCAGGCAGGAUUCCCAAGUGGCCUCUUUUUCCAUAUCUAGCCAACAAUCUGGUCACAGAACUCAAUCUUGAGUUUAGCUUAUGGUAGCUUGUCUUUACUCAGCAUAGCGCAUCCUUCCCUAUUACUACAGUUUACUGUUUAGCAACUCUUCACUACUGUAUAAGGUCUCUCUCAUAUCUAUAAAUAAUGACCUUGCCUGCAUAUGCCUUAAUUUAAGCAAUGUUGUUUUUAGUUCUUAAUAAGUUGUGUGCAUGUUUUAUUAACCUCUCAGCAUGUCAAGACUGUGUUUAGCAAACUACCGUCUAGCACCCUACUCUAUGUUUUACAAGCAUGAAUACACAUUUUGAU